GCCUCGGCUUGGCUCUUCAUGCGUUUUCGCGCGCAUGUGUGUCUCCCGGGGCGCGCUACGUCUCCAUCGCCGGUCAUCACGUCACGUGUCUCAGGGCUCCCGAGUCCUGGGCCAAGUUUUUUUUUCCCGUGUCAGAUCGUCCACGGAGCUUCAGCACAGCAAACCCACGCAGUCCGACCCUCCCGCGCGCAUCUCCGCUCCACGCUGCGUAAACCAACACCUCGGCGAGGACGGACGGACGGAUGGACGGACGCACGGAUGUGGAUAGAUGUUGCCCUUUAACUGAUCGAGACCACUCUAAGUGACUUCUUUGAUUACUUCCAGAGCUUUUCUGACGACUCUCGGAUUACCUUUAACAAGCAAAAGAAGGAGAUUUAUUUCGUUCUUUGUGUCUGAGGAGAGAGAAGAGAGGAAGGGAAGAAAGAAAGGGAAGCUCCGGGUGGCUGAGAAAGGCUGGGUGCGCUGGAAAGACGGAAAGUCACGGAUCAUGCUUAUGGAAACUUCCGAUUCCGUCUCGAUAAGAGUGGCUCUGCCUGAUGCUCUAUCAUGACUGAUGGCGAGGGGAGAGCGCGCUUUCAGUACGCAGAGUGCCAGGAGCAGGAGGAGGAGGUGCAGGAGGAGGUGAGGCUUGCUAUACCGACGCCCUACAGGAACGACGACCCGGGUCAUGAUGCUGACCCUGGAGGAAGCCGGGCUGAGGAGGAGGAAGAGGAGGAGGAGGAGGUGGAGAGGAGGAGAAGGCGGAGGAGGAGGAGCAGCGGUGGUCGAGGAGAAGCUGGAGAUGAGUGGAGUCCUGAAGUUGAGCAGCAUGAAGAGGAGGAACCGGAGCUGGAAGUGGAAGUUGGACCGACGCUGGGAGUUCGGAUCACGGCUCCGAUCCGUGAUCCAGACUGUGUCUCUGAGGAGGAGGAGCAGCAGCCAUACCCAGCCCUGGCCCCCGUGGCCUUCUUCUGCUUAAAGCAAACAACGAGGCCUCGCAACUGGUGUCUUCGCAUUGUCUGUAACCCGUGGUUCGAGCACGUGUCCAUGCUGGUGAUCCUGCUCAACUGUGUGACUCUGGGGAUGUUUCAGCCCUGUGAGGACGUUACCUGCCAGUCAGAGUGGUGCCGCAUCCUACAGGUUUUGGACGACUGCAUCUUUGCAUUCUUUGCAGUGGAGAUGGUCAUCAAGAUGGUGGCCCUGGGAAUAUUUGGCCCCAACUGUUACCUUGGUGACAAGUGGAACCAGCUGGACUUCGUCAUUGUCAUGGCAGGGGUGAUGGAGUAUUCUCUAGAUGGCCACAAUGCCAGUCUGUCAGCCAUCCGAACUGUCCGAGUGCUCAGGCCGCUGCGGGCGAUUAACAGAGUACCAAGUAUGAGGAUCUUGGUGACACUGCUGCUGGACACCCUGCCCAUGCUGGGAAACGUUCUCCUCCUCUGCUUCUUUGUCUUUUUCAUCUUCGGCAUUGUGGGAGUCCAGCUGUGGGCGGGACUGCUGCGCAACCGCUGCUUCCUGGGAGAGGACAUAAGAACAAUGUACAACCUGUCCAUAAACCCUUACUACAUGUCUGAGGAGGGUGAAGACAGCCCGUUUAUCUGCUCAGCUCCCCGAGAGAACGGGAUGCUGCGCUGCCACGAUGUGCCAGCCUACACAGAAGGCAAGGAAGAGUGUAUAUUGGCCGCUCCCCCCCAAAGUUCAGCUCUGACUGGACUGUCCCCAAACGAGAGCGGCGCCGACGUUAACGGCUGCGUUAACUGGAACCAGUACUACAACGUCUGUCGCCCCGGGCAACUCAACCCUCACAAGGGAGCUGUCAACUUUGACAAUAUUGGCUAUGCUUGGAUAGCCAUAUUCCAGGUCAUCACACUGGAAGGAUGGGUAGAUAUCAUGUACUAUGUCAUGGACGCUCACUCCUUCUACAAUUUUAUAUAUUUUAUACUGCUCAUUAUUGUGGGCUCUUUCUUCAUGAUCAACUUGUGCCUCGUGGUCAUCGCCACCCAGUUCUCCGAGACGAAGCAAAGGGAGAACGCCCUGAUGAGGGAGCAGCGCGCUCGCUACAUGUCCAACGACUCCACGCUCGCCAGUUACAGCGAACCGGGUUCUUGCUACGAGGAGAUGUUGCGCUACAUUAGUCACCUUUACCGCAAGUUAACCCGCAGGCUGCAGAGGAUAUACUCUGGAUGGCACAGCAAACGGCGCAAAAAGGUAAACCCUAAUGGCAGUGGGGGAGGCAAUAACGGUGGCGGUAAUGGACACGGCCACAGUUCGAGCAGAGGUUGCGGAGGCUCAGGCCCCGGCAACGCGUUAUGGUUGAGGCCGAUCCAUAACCUCCUGCAGCACCAUCAGCACCAGCACUGUCGCCUCAGCAAUGGCGGGCAGCACCCCAUCAGCGUGGCGACCGCUGAGCACAUGGACAGGGGAGGACGUGUGGGAGGAGGGGAGGAACUGGAGAUGAAGUCGCUUUCUGUUCGGAGAGGAAGUGCAAAUGGAAAUAGCAGCGACAGCCCGACCGCGGUGACCCAGGGCAUGGGGGCGUUGCUGGGGCGACUCAACGGGGGGAUGAACUAUCCGACCAUCCUGCCGUCGUUUGUGUGCAGCUACAGCAGCAAGACGCCGCCUCCCCGCUCGAAGCAGUGUGGGCCCAGCCCGGAGCAGCAUCCACCGAACCACCCAGCGUCCGAACACGCAGAGACGCUGAACAAGCUUUACCAGCUGAUGGGGCAGCACAGCCGACAGAGGCUGCUGUACCAGCUGGCCGGCGUGGUGCCCAGCCCCUUGCUCCUGGAGCUGCUCAGCUGCCCCCUGUGUGCUCGCAGCCUGGAGACUCUGGAGCUGGAACUGGGAGACCUGGAGGGAGGCAAGGGUGAGGCGGACGGACUGCACGACUUCCCCCAGGGGGUAGAUCUAAGAGGAGGCAGAGUUCGCAGACGGCGGAGAGUUGUGGAGUUCAAAAAUGGAGCUGUUCAGGCCUGGAUAGACUUUAGGGACAAGUUGAGGAGGAUCGUGGAGAGCAAAUAUUUCAACCGAGGGAUCAUGAUCGCUAUCCUUGUCAAUACUCUCAGCAUGGGGAUAGAGUACCACGAGCAGCCUGAGGAAUUGACUGAUGUGUUGGAGAUUAGUAACAUUGUUUUCACCAGUAUGUUUGUGCUGGAGAUGGGCUUCAUGCUGCUAGCUUUCGGCCUGUUUGGAUACAUCAGGAACCCAUACAACAUCUUCGACAGCAUCAUUGUUAUCAUCAGUGUGUGGGAGAUAAUCGGGCAAUCGGAUGGUGGUUUGUCCGUCCUGCGAACGUUUCGUCUGCUGCGAGUUCUGAAGCUUGUUCGCUUCCUGCCGGCCCUGAGGAGACAACUGGUGGUGCUGAUGAAGACCAUGGACAACGUGGCCACCUUCUGUAUGCUGCUGAUGCUUUUCAUCUUCACGUUCAGCAUACUGGGCAUGCAUCUUUUUGGUUGUAAGUUCAGCCUUCAAACUGAGAAUGGAGACACCAUCCCUGACCGCAAGAACUUUGACACUCUACUGUGGGCCAUUGUCACUGUAUUCCAGAUUCUGACUCAGGAGGACUGGAACGUGGUGUUGUAUAACGGCAUGGCUUCUACCUCUCCAUGGGCGGCCCUCUACUUUGUUGCUCUCAUGACAUUCGGCAACUAUGUGCUCUUCAAUUUGCUGGUGGCCAUCUUGGUUGAGGGCUUCCAAGCUGAGGGUGAUGCUAAUCGGUCAGAGUCGGAUGAUGACAAGAAAUCAGAUAACUUUGAUGAGGACGAGAAGGUAGAACAACUCAGAGACAAUGAGCUGAAGAUGUACUCUCUGAUGAUGACAGCUAAUGGUCACAUUGACCCUCGUGUCUCCACGGCUCCUCCCAUAAUCAUGCGCACAGCGGCUACGCCCAUGCCCACCCCGAAGAGCUCCCUAGGACCCGAGUCCAUCCUGGGGGAGGAUCUCAUGUACAGAGAGGGGGUUCCUCAGUAUAGCGAGGUGGGCCUGGGAUUUUCUGAGGCAGGAAAUGGACGUACAGAGUCUCGCCGUGGAAGCUCCACAUCCCUGGAACCUUUAGCCUAUGAUCAGCACUCUCUGGGCCUUUCCAGUCCCGGACGACGCUCUCCUCUUCCUCCUCGCGGUUCUGGCAGCUCGUGGGGAAGCCGGCGCUCCAGCUGGAACAGCCUGGGAAGAGCUCCGAGCCUCAAACGGCGAGACACCAGCGGGGAGAGGGAGAGUCUGCUGUCUGGGGAAGGUGGAGAGGAGGAGGACGGCAGGGACGAUAAAGAGGAGGCCGAGGUGAACAACAGACUGAGGCCGGGGUCCUUGGAGCUGCUGCAGGCGUCUACUCUCUGCCCUUCUAUAAUAGCAGAGUACGGCGACUGUAACGGGAGGACUGUGACUUACGACCCGAACAUGAACUCCGACUCCAAGGAUGACUCCUCGCCUGAGGAUGACAUGGACGAUGACGGUCCUUUCUGCUACUGGGUCAAGAAAGAGUUCCACAGCAUGAAACCUCGCUGGUGCAAAGAACAUGAAGACUGGACGCUGUACUUGUUCUCUCCAGAAAGCCCAUUCCGUGCGUGGUGCCAAGCUGUGAUCUCUCACAAAAUAUUCGACCAUGUGGUUCUGGUUUUCAUCUUCCUCAACUGCAUCACCAUCGCUCUGGAAAGACCUGACAUACAGCCUCACAGCACGGAGCGAGUGUUUCUGAGUGUGUCCAACUACGUUUUCACUGUGAUCUUCCUGGCAGAGAUGACGGUUAAGGUUGUAGCUCUUGGUUUCUGCUUCGGGACGCAGAGCUACCUCCAGUCCAGUUGGAACAUUCUGGAUGGUUUAUUGGUGUUUGUGUCUCUGGUUGACAUUUUGGUCUCUCUGGCAUAUACUGGCGGAAACAGGAUCCUGGGAAUUCUCAGAGUCCUUCGCCUACUACGAACACUUCGCCCACUCAGGGUGAUCAGUCGAGCCCCAGGUUUGAAGCUGGUUGUGGAGACUCUCAUCACCUCUCUCAGACCUAUCGGAAACAUUGUCUUGAUCUGCUGUGCCUUCUUCAUUGUCUUUGGCAUCUUGGGGGUUCAGCUGUUCAAAGGGAAGUUCUUUCAUUGUGAAGGUCUAGACACGAAAAACGUCACCAACAAGUCUGACUGUCUCCAAGCCAACUACCGCUGGAUACGAAGAAAGUACAACUUCGACAACCUGAUUCAGGCUCUGAUGUCUUUGUUUGUACUGUCAUGUAAGGACGGCUGGGUCAACAUCAUGUAUGACGGGCUCGAUGCAGUGGGAGUGGACCAACAGCCUGUAAGAAACCACAACCCAUGGAUGCUCCUCUACUUCAUCUCCUUCCUGCUCAUCGUCAGCUUCUUUGUCCUCAACAUGUUUGUCGGCGUUGUGGUGGAGAAUUUCCACAAGUGCCGACAGGACCAGGAAGAGGAGGAGGCCCGCUUGCGGGAAGAGAAGAGGCUCAAAAUGAUAGAGAAAAAGCGCAGGAGUAAGGAGAAUGGAGGGGCUGAGGCCAAGCAGAGGCCCUACUUUGCCGACUACUGUCCCCUGCGUCUGUACAUCCACACACUGUGCACCAGCCACUACCUGGACCUCUUCAUCACCUUCAUCAUCUGCAUCAAUGUCUUCACAAUGAGCAUUGAGCACUACAAUCAGCCACAGUAUUUAGAGGAGGUUCUGAAGUACUGUAACUACGUGUUUACCUUCAUCUUCGUCAUCGAGGCUCUGCUCAAACUCGUGGCGUUCGGCAUACACAGGUUCUUCAAAGACAGGUGGAAUCAGCUGGAUGUAGCUAUAGUGGCAUUGUCCAUCAUGGGCAUCACCCUGGAGGAGCUGAAAAUGAAUGCAGCACUGCCAAUAAACCCUACCAUCAUCAGAAUCAUGAGAGUACUCAGGAUAGCACGAGUGCUGAAGCUUCUGAAGAUGGCCACGGGGAUGAGAGCCCUGCUGGAUACCGUCAUGCAGGCGCUGCCGCAGGUGGGAAAUCUUGGUCUCCUCUUCAUGCUGCUGUUCUUCAUCUAUGCUGCUCUGGGAGUGGAGCUCUUUGGCAAACUGGAGUGCACUGACAACAAUCCAUGUGAAGGUCUGAGUCGUCACGCAACCUUUCAGAAUUUCGGGAUGGCCUUCCUCACACUGUUCCGAGUGUCCACUGGAGACAACUGGAAUGGGAUUAUGAAAGACACAUUAAGGGAGUGUCUCCCAGACGACCGCAACUGUCUCUCAUACCUGCCUUUGGUCUCUCCAAUUUACUUCGUCACCUUUGUCCUCAUGGCUCAGUUUGUUCUGGUCAAUGUGGUGGUGGCUGUUUUGAUGAAACAUCUAGAGGAAAGCAACAAGGAAGCCAAAGAGGAUGCAGAGAUGGAUGCAGAGAUCGCCUUGGAGAUGGCGAUGGAGAGGGAACGCAGACUAAGCACAACUUCAAACAACAGCUCAGUGGCAGGAACCUAUGUUGGUCCAUGCCCACAUUCACCUGGAGAGGAAGAAGAGGUGCAGUUUGAUGACCAGGACCAGCUGUCGUCAGGGAAGAUGUCUGUAUCCAGGAUGCACUCGCUUCCAAAUGACAGUUACAUGUUUCGGCCUGUACGCCCCGCCAGCGCCCCCUACCCGUUGGAAGAGGUAGAUCUCAGCCCCCAGCACCAGCAUUCAGUUUCAGUGAUGUCGGUCCACUCUCAGCCUUGUGAGAGCCGCUCCCUGCUGCAGGUUCCAGACGUUUCCCCCGUUCACCGUCCCACCCUCACCCUCCCCCGCAUCGCCCCGCCAACACCCAGCCCCUCACCACGGGCCCUGCACAGACAGGUGGCACUUAAAGUGGAUUCUGUGGAGUCCCAGGGUUGUGAGCACCAAGAGAGGCCUGCUGCUAUCCUCCUGCCCCCCCUCUCCCCUUCCCCACGAUCCCUUACCUCCUCUUCAUCGCCUCUUCCUCCUCCUUCUCCCUCAGCCCUCUCCCUGCCACCCUGCUCCCCCUCUCCCUUCCCACUCCCUCCUCCGUCUCCCUCCCCUCUCCCUCUGUUGGUAUCUUCCCCUCCACUUCUUCUCCCCCCACCUCCCUCACCACGCCUCCCCCUGCGCCCUCCGAGCCUCCGGAGACCCCGACCGCCCUCCGCCGUCUCCCUCUCCGACCCGGCUGACGAGGAGGUGUAUCACAUCACCAGCUCAGCCCAACUCAGAUGGAGGGAAGAGGAAGGAGGAGGGCAGGAGAGCAGAGGGACGACGGGUCGCAGUCACUCCCUCUCCCCUUGCACCAUGCCAUGCUCUCUCGACCCCACCUCCUCCCCUCUUCCUCCCCCGCUGCCACCGUCCUCCUCACGGAGCGCACUUAGUCUGCUCGGGGCAGGAUUGAUGGACCAUGACUUCAGGAAAGGCUUUAUCGUCGAUAACCAGGGCUUCCUGGACAAGCCAUCAUCGUUGUCUGCCGGUCACUCGGAUGACCACCGACGCCAUUCCAUCGAGGUCUGCCUCCCGCAGGCCGUCAUCAAAGGAGAUGACCAACACUUCACGCAGGACGUCCGUCGGUCGGAGAAAGGUCAGGGAUUCCCUAUGAGGGUGCAGUCAGUCGGGAGCAACCACAGAAAGAAGAAGAUAAGUCCUCCCUGCAUAUCCAUCCACCCACCAACAGAGAGGGAGCAUCCCCACAUCGCCUCACCCCCAAAACUGGCUGACUGCAGCAUGAUGCUGAGACGCAGGACACCGUCCUAUGACUUGACACCACACACACAGUCAAGCACACAAGACGUCUCGGCAGACACACAGAUGCAAACACCGCUAACACCAAUCCACGUUCCGCUGCAAGCACACUCACCAACCCACACACUGACACCUUCAUCCACCCCGACACACACUCAGGCGUACACGCCGCCGCCUGCAUCCACAUCUACACACCCACACAUCCCCAUCAGCCCCAACAUCUUCAUUCAGCCUCACGCCCCUCUGGUCCCAAACCCUAUGCCUUUCCCGCACCCACUCUCACCCGCUGCGAGGCACCCCCUCACAGGAGAAUACGUCACCCUCCCCCAGUUCACCUUCGACCAACCACAGUCCAGAUACACGAGCGGCCUGUCAGCUGGCAUAUCAGACACUGAUACAGCCACCUGCUCUUCCCCUUUCGACAACAGACUGGGAAGCGGUGCAGGAUUCAGUGCAAAGAAUCGGAGGACCGCCCAGUAAACAUGGAGCAUUUGAUUCAGGAGGUGAAUUGUUUAAAAUCUCUGCAACUGGAGCUCUGACCCCAGCAGAGAUCAAUGCUGGGGAGAGAAUAAGUUCACAGGGAGAGGGUUUUGUUUUUGUUUUUGUUUUUUUGUUGAUUAAGAUCAUAAAAAAGACAUUGAUUACUCUCUCUGGACGUUGGUACAGACUCGUCCCAGAAUAACAGAGAAUGGAUCCUUUUUUUCUAAACCCAGCCUGAAAGACAGCAGAUCCACUGAGGCUGUACCAGUACUCACUGUACAUGGUGUGUUUGGGACUAAUACUAAUGACACACCAGGACUAAAGCCACCUAACUUCGUAGCCAAAGUUUUUUUCACACACUGUCCUCACCCACGCAAGCCAAUCAGGAAGCAGCGUCUGGCUGAUAACCUCUGACUUUUACAGGAAGUGGUUUGUGACAUGGAGCGUGGGGAGUAUCGUGGGAUAUGCAACUUCAGGUUUUCUACAGAAGUUCUGCUUGCCCCUCCUCUGCUCCUCGAUCACAUUGAUCAGAGCAGAAGUGUGUGAGUAUGUGUGUGUGUGUGUGUGAGUGAGUGAGCGUGUGUUUUCCUAUGUGCGAGUAUCGUCAGAUCUGUUGUCACGGAAGUCGGCCAUGUUAUUCUUAUGCUUGCAUCGACAGAGAGGGGGAGCAGGGCAGAGCUGUAGUGUUUGUUUCUUUGUGUAUCUGUGCAUUGUAAAUAAAGGAAAAUACUGUAUUUGGUGAGAUUAAAAAUAGCUCUAUCCAUAUGCACAUAUUUUUAUAGAGAUCUAAAAUGUUUUUGCACACAAAUUUGAAUUUCAAGUUGCUUGUUUUAUCCUCUGUUGUCCUCUUGUGAAUGUAUGUUUCUUUUCAAAACUGAGAGAGAGAGCGAGCGGCGAAGGACAUCAACCCAUCUCUCAGUCUGCUAGCUGAAGUUGAGGAGAGGGAUUUUAUUUUUCUAUUUUGGAAAAGAGAAAGAAGAGAACAAACAGGGGUGUGAUGUGUUUCUGUAGCUUUGUCUCAGAUUUCUAUGUAUCUAGUGUCUAAUGAACAGUUGUACGAAGGGGGACUCAGUGAUACGUUUGGAUGAAUUUUCACAUGGAGAACUGCAAAAUACACAAAUAAGUAGUAUAUAUUUAGUGCAAUAUAUUAGGGCUAAAUGGCUAAACAUGUGCCCUGUUUCUGCAAUGUUAAAUUUAAAUUUGCAAAUCUAAGAAUGUAAGAAAUAUUUGGGGUGGGGGGUGGGGGUGGGGGGGAUCUAGCUAUCAGACAAUUUGUAACCAGAACAAAAUUUUGCAUGAUUCUUUUGAGAAACUAUGCGUGGUAUCAUUGAGCCGCUCUUCUACUGCUGUUUUCAAGCUGGAUCAGCUCUGACACCUGUGUUUCUGUACAUCUAAAGACAACCAAACUAACUUACUAAAUAUGUGUAGCCAGAGUGCAAUAAUAAUAUAUAACUUGUGGAAAAUAUAGUGACAUCCACACUACAUAAAAACAGCCACACUCUUGUAUUCAUACAUACUGUAGAACUACUAUAUAUAAUAUAAACCCAUUUUUUAUAUAUAUAUGAUGAUUGAGAAUAUUUAUAUCUCUGGUGUUCAUGCUACUAUAGGUACUUGUGCCCUAAAUGUGGCUGUGAUGGGUGUGGCUGGAAGCAGUGUUAGGUACUGUAGAUUUCUCCCAAAGCUCAGGCCCACCCGCUGAUGGUGUUACUGUAAGCAGAAGAGUGACAUGCAUCUCUGCUGAGGACUCAAUAAGCCAUUUGUCAUUUCAGAUUUUCUUUUUUCAACCUCACCAACCAACUUCCUCACUGGUUUCCCACAUUGUGUUAAAUUAACCGGACUGAAUCAUGCAACCCCCCAACGGUAUGAAUGACAAAGUAUGACAAGCGUUUUCCUUCCAGUGGCUGAAUGUUUUCUUACCAAGCCAUACUACUAUCCUGACACACAGCACAAUAUGUAUUUAUUCUCUUUUGUGCACAGUCUGGUUUGGCACAUGCACACAAGAAGCAUGCUUGUGAGCUUCUUGGUACUGAUUCCCCCUUUUCAAAGGCAGCUGGCUGGGACGGCGUCUUUCUUUUUUUUAAAUCUUGUGUUAUUUUACCUUUUUUUUUUUUUUUUUUGUGAUCCAGCACGUAACAUGCACAAGUCCUCAGCAAUCUGAGUGAAAACCAAAGUGCUUUGAUGCUGUACCAUAAUCACUUAAGGCUGAGUUUUUCAUAUUUGUGCAGAAAUGAAUAAAAAUUUAUCUUGAUAGGGAUUUACAACCAAAUUAAAAGUUUUUUUCUCACAGACUACCUGGGUGAUAAAAGGUCUCUGCAGCAUGGUUUAAAAGUCUGAAAUAGUAUUAAACCAGGUGCGCAAAAAUGUCUCCGGUCCUGUUUUUAUGGGUGUUCAUUUUGUUUUUAAGAAGCUAAUUUAAUUAUAUUUUCGAAUGCAUAAAUUGCCUUGAAAAUGGUGACACUUGCAGGGACCUUUGUAUACAUGGGGUCAGUGAUGAAAAGGAUUAUUAAUGACAAUAAUUAACAGAUAAUCAUUCUGCUACACUCUCAUUAGCUCCCCCCCCCCAAGCAGUAUGCAUGCAGAGGGUAGACUUGUGAGAUUAAAAUAAUAAUAAUUAUUGUCUGUUAACCUCAUUUUUGAUGCAGGUCAACGCGUUUGACCUUUGAGAGCAAAGCCCCCUGAUUGGUUGUCGUCAUUGGAUAAAGCCACAUUUGGCAGAUCAAGUGAAAAUGAUGCAAAAGUAACAAUGUAGAUGAAUUUUGGCAUCUUGCAAAAGCGGAAUGUAAAGCGCCGGGACGGUGAAAGUGUUGCUGCUGAUGAACACAGCUGGCUCAUCUUUUCAUGGCACUCUUCCUCCAGUUCUGGUAUACGGAAACAUAUCUGAUGUUGGAUUCUGAGAGGUUGUCCUUCCUGAACAUGGCACAGUCGGUCAUUUCUCUGGUUUAAAAUCAUGUUUUAUACAGUAUGUGCUUGAACAUCAUGAUAUUGUACAACUGCUUUGUCUUGUUUCUUGUCCUCUUCCUGCACAGCCUGUCAGCAAUGGGAGGUUUUUAGGUAGUCUCUAGACGACAGCCUCUCUCUGUCUCACUCUUAUUUAACUCGGUGCAGACAACCCCGAUCUAAAGCAUAUUUGCCAUAUUAAUCCACACAGUUUGGUAGAGUGACUGCAUAAUUGUUCUUACGAUUUACAGAUCUUUGGAUCUCAGUAUUUAAAUCCUGUUUUUGAGGAAACAGUUUUGACUAUUGCAUGUUCUGAUUUAAGAAAAAAAAAACUUUUGGGAAAGACUCAUCUGAAUGUUUUAGAGAUUUUAAUAUUUGCAUUUUCAGAUGUUUCCAUUUGUAGAUUGACUACCUAAUUGCACUGGGCUCUGAUUAAUUGGUAUCUGAUAAAAUACUGAUUAAAUGACCCUAUUCUUUAUUGUCCAAUGCAAUACUGGGUGGUUAUUUACUGUAAGAGGACGAAGCUCCUCUUUAUACAGUUUUAUAGAGAGAAAUGGAAACCAAGUUGGUUCUAUUUUAUUCGGAACCACUGUUAUUUAAUGUUGAGGUGAACUUUUUUCACUUUUCCUCCUGAUACUCUAAACAUAGUAGGUGGUGAAAAUAAUUAUCUGAUGUAUAUUAUAUGUAGGAGUAGCCUCAGCCCUGAUGCUCUGUAAAGGACUGAUCAGAAUAGUAAUAAGUUGCGUUUUCUUGGUUGACAUUGAGCUGGUCCAGUGACAGUGAUCACGCUCCAGACACAACACGAGUGUUUCCACAACACCAGAGAGUUCAAACUGUGAUAGAACUUGGCUCUGAUGAAUCAGAAGCCUUGUGUUUUCUUUUAUUUUCUUUAUUUCUGUCUUUCUUUCUUUCUUUUCUUUCUUUCAACCCUUCAGUGAUUGGCCCCAGGCACCCCCACCCCAGAACCCCCCCCAAGCCUUACAAGGAGGGGAGGAGGUGCAUGUGUUCUGUCUGUCAGAGGAGAGCCCAAUGUGUCUGCAAUAAUAAGCUCCUCCAUCAUUCCCCAGAACAGAGGGAGAAGGGAGGGGACAGGGGCGGUGUUUUAAAGGCUCGACACACAGCCGGACUCUAUCUAUUGUAUCGUUGCUGAUUAUUGUGUGAUGACCAACCGUUGUCCUGAAGGAUGUUUCCCUGUCAAUUAAAAAAUACAAGAUUUUUUUUUUAUUCCACA